AAGAAUAGAGACCAAAUCCAAAGGUAAGGAGAAAUGGGGUUGAAGGUGUUAUCAGCCCUCGACACGGCGAGAACACAAUACUACCAUUUCAAGGCAAUCCUCAUCGGCGGGAUGGGUUUGUUCACCGACGCUUACGACCUCUUCUGCAUUUCUCCGGUCAUGCGACUCAUCGGUCGUCUCUACUACACCGAAGAACCCAUGAACGGAGUCACUCCUCCUUCUAUCGUCUCCAUAACCUUAGCCAUCGCCCUUCUCGGCACCGUCAUCGGUCAACUCGUGUUCGGCCGGUUGGGUGACCGGGUGGGCCGGAGACGGGUCUACGGUUUAGCACUUAUGCUGAUGGUGUCGAGCUCCGUAGGUUGUGGUUUCUCAAUUUGCCGCACCAGGAAGUGUGUCCUCACUAGCCUCUGCUUUUUCCGAUUCUGGCUCGGCGUCGGAAUCGGCGGAGAUUACCCUCUCUCCGCCACCAUUAUGUCGGAAUUCGCUAAUAAGGACACACGUGGUUCGUUCAUCGCCGCCGUCUUUUCGAUGCAAGGGUUUGGAAUUCUCUUCAGUUCCGCCGUCACUAUGAUCGUCUGUGCCAUCUUCAACCGUGUCUCCGGUUCGCCCGUAAAGGAAAGCCGGACCCCCGACGAGGCGGAUCUGGCCUGGCGUUUGAUUCUCAUGCUCGGAGCUGUACCCGCGGCGAUGACAUUCUAUUGGCGGGUGAUGAUGCCCGAAACUGCCAGAUAUACUGCCUUGGUGGAACAAAAUAUUCGUCAAGCUGUGAAAGACAUGGAAAGAGUGUUGGACGUAUCCAUAAAUGAGAUCAAAGAAGAUGUAGAUCAGUUCCUACCAGAUCCACCAUCUUAUGGUCUUUUCUCUAAAAGAUUCCUUCAACUUCAUGGUAGAGAUCUAUUUGGUUGUGCCAUUUCAUGGUUCCUCAUAGAUGUUGUUUUCUACAGUAAUAACCUUUUCCAGUCUCAGAUUUACAGUCGUUAUCUCCCUAAAAAUACCACACUCAAUGCUUAUCAAGAAGCAAUCAAUGUUGCCAAAAUUCAAGCAAUUAUCGCAAUUUGCUCGACGAUUCCCGGCUAUUGGUUCACCGUCGCCUUCAUCGAUCGAAUCGGUAGGGUUAAGAUACAGAUGAUUGGUUUCUUCUUUGUGGGUCUCUGCUUAGUUGCUAUUGGUAUCCCUUACUAUAGGUACUGGAGUCACACCAAUGCUGGGUUCUUGAUACUUUAUGGUUUAACAUUCUUUUUCUCAAAUUUUGGGCCAAAUACAACUACUUUCAUCAUUCCUGCUGAGCUAUUUCCUGCAAGAUUUAGAUCAACAUGUCAUGGAAUAUCAGGUGCAGCAGGUAAGGUUGGAGCUAUUAUUGGGUCAGUUGGGUUUUUAUGGGCUUCACAGAAUAAGGAUAAGAGUAAAGUAGAACCUGGCUAUCAUAAAGGGAUUGGAAUGAUGACAUCUUUGGUACUUCUUGGUGUGAUAUGUUUGGUUGGUAUGGUGUUUACCUUCUUCUUCACUCGUGAAACUAUGGGAAGAUCAUUAGAGGAGAAUGAAAAGGAAGAAGGGAAUGAUGAUUCCAACACUUUGUUUAGAUCUUUAACCAUUAAUUCCACUCAGAGGUCUCCUGCAAUUGCUGCUUUAUAG